GUAAUACUGACUGAUUCACUCCACGGUCCUCCUCGCGUCAGCUUGCGUUACGUUUACAGUGCACCCUCGACGAUGACGAAUGUUUUCUUUUCGCCCCGCGCGUACUGCAAAAUCAUUUUACACGCAGCCAAGUACCCGCAUUGUGCAAUAAAUGGCCUGCUACUCGGCAAACAAAAGAGCAAGGAUGGCAGGGCGGAUCUGUACAUCGAGGAUGCAGUACCUUUAUUCCAUAUAUGCCUACACGUUUCCCCAAUGGCGGAAAUAGCACUUACUCUGGUGGACCAGUUAGCUGCAAGUAAAGGCCUUAUACUGGCGGGUUAUUACCUGGCCAAUGAGAACAUAAAUGACAUGAGCACAGACAGACCAGCCCACAGAAUAGCAGACAAAAUCGCAGAGAACUUCAAUAAUGCGCUACUGGUAGUGGUGGAUAAUCGAGAGGUGAAUCUGGGCAUGGGAUCGAGUCCAUUGAUAAUUUCGCAAGUUGUAGAUGGAAAAUGGAAGCCAAAGGACAAGGCAAAUAUAAUUUACGAGGAUGAUGUUGCACACACGGACGCAAUGUAUUCGUUACUGAAAACAGAGGAGUACAGGAAUCUGAUCGACUUUGACAACCAUCUCGAUAAUAUCACUCUUGACUGGCAAAAUCAGAAGCUGAAUAAAAUAAUUGACGAGGCCGUUGAUAAACACUCAUAAAGAUGGCAAUGCAACAAUUCCACACACAGAUCAUUUAAAGAUUGUUUUAUUUAUAUGUUAUGUUGCACUCUAUCUAUAUUUCAUUCACUAUAUGCAAAGUAACAAAUGUACAUACGCUAUAGAAUUUAUAAAUGAAUAUCACUUGUUUUUAAAUCUCAAA